AUGGAAAAAGAGACGAGUACUGCAGUGAGACCGACAACCAUUGAGAGUGUGUGAGAGAGAGAGAUAGAAAGAGAGAAGGGUAGGUUGUAGGCCAAUUGUCCAAACCAAUCUUACAUUAUUUAUCCAUGAGAUUUUCAUUUUCCGUGUCAUUGACUGAAUCUCCAUCACCACUAAGCCUUAUUAUAUCCUCCACCCAAAAUCCAUUGCAUCUCCUCUGCUCUUCCCCCUUCAGCAACCCCAGACCCAGAAAAACAGCCACUUUUUCAGGACAGCUCAGUUUCUUCUCGGACUGAUUCUUCACGCAGAAAACACCCAGCCCAGAGAAAGAAAGAAGGAAAGAUACCGGAAGAGAAGAGGAUAGAUAUGAGAUGGGUACGACCAACCCAUUCAAAAGCCAACCUCUAUUCUUCACCAAGAAGCUCAUAACUUGGGCUCUCUAUGCUCUCCUUCCCUUAACUCUCCUCCAUUUUUAUUUUUAUCCUCUCCCUCUAAAACAAUCUCUAACCGAUCAAAUCCCCGAAAAUAAGCCAAUCAUCGUUUCCUCUCAAGUAGAGCAGCAAGUGUUUUACGAAGCCCCAUGUGACUACAACGAUGGCAAAUGGGUACGCGACGAAUCCGGUCCUCUUUAUAAUGGCACAAGCUGCACUACAAUCAAGGAAGGUCAGAAUUGCAUCAGCCAUGGAAGGCCUGACAUUGAUUAUCUCUACUGGAGGUGGGAACCCAAACAGUGCGGACUCCCCAGGUUUGAUCCCACAGCUUUCCUCCGACUUCUCAAGAACAAACAUUUGGCCUUCAUUGGCGAUUCCAUGGCUAGAAACCAGUUGGAGUCUUUGCUCUGCCUACUCUCAACUGUCUCUACCCCCGAUCUUGUCUACCGAAACGGGGAUGAUAACAAGUUCCGGAGAUGGUACAUUCCUUCUCACAAUACCAAUGUGUCAAUCUACUGGUCACCCUUCUUGGUAAAAGGAAUCGAAAAAUCGAACACGGGUGUCAAUUAUAACAGAUUGUAUUUGGAUUCUGUUGACGACCGAUGGGCAUCAGAUAUGGGGCAGAUGGACAUAAUAGUUUUCUCAAUCGGGCACUGGUUCCUCCACCCUGCUGUUUAUUUCGAGAAUGAUUCAGUUCUAGGCUGCCAUUACUGCCCUGAGCUCAACCACACAGAGAUCGGUUUCUAUGAUGUUUUCAGGAAGGCUUUUAAUACAACCCUUGAGACUGUAAUAAGCAGCAGGCGUGGUACCAAUAGCAAUGCAAUUGAUGUAAUUGUGACCACAUUCUCUCCUUCGCAUUUUGAAGGCGAAUGGGACAAAGCAGGAGCGUGUCCGAAGAAAGAGCCCUUCAUGGAAGGAGAGAAAGAGCUCCAGCCAAUGGAUGCCGAGAUGAGGAAGAUAGAGAUAGAAGUGGUGGAGGCAGCCAUGAAGAAAGGGAACCAAUUCCCAGGGUUGAGGUUCGAGGCAUUGGAUGUCACCAUAUUAUCAUGGAUGAGACCGGAUGCUCACCCUGGUCCAUAUAUGCAUCCUUUCCCCUUUGCCAAUGGCAUCCCAGAGCGUGUGCAGAACGACUGUGUUCAUUGGUGCUUGCCGGGGCCAACGGAUAUUUGGAAUGCAAUACUGUUAGAGGUGAUGAAGAGAUGGGAGGUUCAAUCAUGGAAACAAGGAUGAGAUAGGCCAGUUCAUGCAUUUCCAAACCAGGAAAGUAAAAGAGAGACAAGGUGAGAGAGCUUCUCUGUGACUCUUGCUUUCUUCAAUUUCUAUAUGCGGAUGCUGUGUAAUUGCUUUUAGAACAAAGAAUAGAUGGAUGAUUGAUUGGUUCGUCUUACAUUCUUAGACUCCCCCUUCCGAUUAAAAGAAGGGGGGUGACUGGUAAUGGUAAGAGAGACCUGAUCAUAGGAAAAGUGAUUUAAUGGUACAAGGAAUCAGUCUUGCUUUAGAAAGUUUUCGGUUGUGUAAUGCAUACAAAUCAUUUGAAUGGGAAAUGAUACAAGUAAAUUCUAGUAAGGAAGCCAUUCUUUAGUUGUUUCUAAGAGAUUGUAGAUACUGGGCAUGGACAAGUUAAAUGCUUGAUGUAAGUUCCAAGGAAGCUUUCUCUUUUCUUUUC